AUGACGUCCAUGUUCGAGCAGUCCCGGCAGGGGACGCUCUUUUUGGGUGGCCAGAAGAUUUCUGGCACCGACAUUCGUGAUCAGAACGUGAUGGCAACACAGGCGAUUGCCAACGUGGUCAAGAGCUCCUUUGGCCCCAGCGGUCUGGACAAGAUGAUGGUGGACGACAUUGGCGACGUGACGGUGACCAACGACGGCGCGACGAUCCUCACGCUGCUCGACGUCGAGCACCCGGCCGGCAAGAUCCUGGUCGACCUGGCACAGCAGCAGGACAAGGAGGUGGGCGACGGCACGACGUCUGUGGUGCUGAUCGCGGCCGAGCUGUUACGGCGCGCCAACGAGCUGAUGAAGAACCGGAUACACCCGACGACGAUCAUCACGGGCUACCGCCUGGCGCUGCGCGAGGCCGUCAAGUACAUGAACGAGAACAUUAGCAUCAAGGUCGAGCAGCUGGGCCGCGAGUCGCUCAUCAACAUUGCCAAGACGUCCAUGUCCAGCAAGAUCAUUGGCUCCGACUCGGACUUCUUUGCCAACAUGGUCGUCGACGCGCUCCAGGCCGUCAAGUCGGUCAACACCCGCAACGGCGAGACCAAGUACCCGGUCAAGGCCGUCAACAUCCUCAAGGCCCAUGGCAAGAGCUCGACCGAGUCGGUGCUCGUCAAGGGCUAUGCGCUCAACUGCACUGUGGCCUCGCAGGCCAUGAAGACGCGGAUAACGGACGCCAAGAUUGCCAUCCUCGACAUGAACCUGCAAAAGGAGCGCAUGAAGCUGGGCGUGCAGAUCACCGUCGACGACCCGCAGCAGCUCGAGCAGAUCCGCGCGCGCGAGGCCGGCAUGGUCAUUGAGCGCGUCGAGAUGAUCCUCAAGGCCGGCGCCAACGUCGUCCUGACCACCAAGGGCAUCGACGACCUCGUGCUCAAGCUGUUUGUCGAGCGCGGCGCCAUGGCCGUGCGCCGGUGCAAGAAGGAGGACCUGCGGCGCAUUGCCCGCGCCACCGGCGCCACGCUGCUCAGCACGCUGUCGGACCUCAACGGCGACGAGCGCUUCGAGGCGUCGUACCUCGGCCACGCCGAGGAGGUCGCGCAGGAGCGCAUCUCCGACGACGAGUGCAUUCUCGUCAAGGGCACCAAGGUGCACUCCUCGGCGUCCAUCAUCCUGCGCGGCCCCAACGACUUCUCGCUCGACGAGAUGGAGCGCUCCGUGCACGACUCGCUGUCGGCCGUCAAGCGCACGCUGGAGAGCGGCAGCAUUGUGCCCGGCGGCGGCGCCGUCGAGACGGCCCUGCACAUUUACCUCGAAGAGUACGCGGGCACGGUGGGCUCGCGUGAGCAGCUCGCCAUUGGCGAGUUUGCGCAGUCGCUGCUGGUGAUCCCCAAGACGCUGGCCGUCAACGCGGCCAAGGACGCCUCGGAGCUGGUGGCCCAGCUGCGGUCACGGCAUGCGCUGUCGCAGCGGGUGCUGGACAAGCCGGCGGCGGGCGGCCACGGCGCUGCGGGUGCGGCGGCAUCGGCUGGUGCGGCCGGUGCUGCAUCGGGCGCGGCGGGCGGUGCCGGCGGAGCCAAAGACGCACAGCAGCUGGCGUCGCAGGUGGCCACCUCGCAAGGCAAGUCCGCGGCGGCCAAGCAGCAGCAGCUGGACGACGAGAAGGCGAUUGCGCGCAAGAAGGGCUACAAGAACUACGGCCUGGACCUGAUGCGGGGCCGGGUGGUGGACGAGAUCAAGGCAGGCGUGCUGGAGCCGAGCAUGAGCAAGGUGCGACAGCUCAAGUCGGCGGUGGAGGCUUGCAUCAGCAUCAUGCGCAUCGACACGCUGAUCAAGCUGGACCCGGAAGAGCAGAAGGAGGAUGACGGACACGGCCAUUAA